AUGUCUGCCACCGCGCGGGCGGCGACAUUGCGAUCUCGGGCCCCGGCCCUACGAGCAGCUUCUCGAGCCUCGGCGUAUUCGACAGUCUCAGCGCAGACUCUGGCCUUCUCCUCGAGUCGACGAACCACCCUCCCCUCUCCUCCCCUCUCCGCGACCCAGCUUAUCUCACCAUUUGCCGCUCUCCCUUUGACCCGUUCUUUCCACGUCGCAACCGCUCUCUGGCAACAGAAGCAGCAGCAGCCAGGCCAGGAGCAGCAAAAAGAAGAAAAGAAGGACGAGGACGGAAAGUCCGAGGACAAAUCAGAAGGCGAGCAGUCCAAGGAAGAGAAGGGCGAGGAGAAGAAGGAAGACGCUCCUCCGCCGCCACCCCACGGAGACAAGACCCCUUGGCAAGUGUUCCGGGAGACUCUCCAAACCGAGUUCAAGGCGUCCAAGGAGUGGAACGAGUCCACCAAGGCGCUGGCUUCUUCGGCGCACGAGUUCAGCGAGAACGAGAACGUUAAGCGUGCACGCGCGGCCUACGAAGCCGCCUCAGGUGCCGCCCAAACGCGCACCUCCGCCGCUCUGAAAAGUACUGGCCAGGUAAUUGGCAAGAGUGCUGCCUGGACAUGGAAUACCCCCGUGGUCAAGGGCGUCCGGAAGGGUGUCACCGCCACCGGUUCGGGAAUCGAGCGGGCCACGAGACCCGUUCGACAGACUGAAGCCUAUAAGAACGUGAAGGAGACGAUUGACGAUGGGAGCAGCUCCCGCUAUGGUGGAUGGGUUGAGAAGGAAGAGCGUCGCAAGCAGCGGAAGCGCCGUGAGGAAAUGGAGGCCAAGGCUGGCAAGCGGCGGUCGGUGCCCAUGGAGGAAGAUCCCGAGGCCGGAACCAACGUCACCCUCCACAAAGAUGCUGCCUGGAAGGAGUCGUGGCGUGACUUCCGCGAUUCCAACCCGGUGAUGCAGAGACUCUUCUCCAUGAAGGAGGUUUACAACGAGUCGGAGAACCCACUUAUCAGUACUGCGCGCAGCAUCUCCGACCGGGUUGCUGGGUUUUUCGCAGAGAACGAGACGGCCAUGGUCAUUAAGAAAUUCCGCGAGAUCGACCCGAACUUCCAGAUGGAGGAGUUCAUCCGCGAGAUGCGCGAAUAUAUGCUCCCGGAGGUUCUCGAUGCCUAUGUCAAGGGUGAUGUUGAGACGCUCAAGCUCUGGCUCUCUGAUGCGCAGUACCACGUCUACGCAGCUCUUGCACAACAGUACACCACCGCCGGUUUGAAGUCGGAUGGCCGCAUUCUGGACAUCCGUGGUGUUGAUGUUUCGCAUGCUCGCCUGCUGGAACCUGGCGAGAUCCCUGUGUUCGUUGUCACCUGCCGGACGCAGGAAGUUCAUGUCUACCGCAACGUCAAGAGCGGCGAACUUGCCGCAGGUAUGGAGGACAAAGUGCAACUGGUCACUUAUGCCAUCGGCAUGACUCGGAUCCCUGAAGAAGUCAACAACCCCGAAACCCGCGGCUGGCGCUUGAUUGAGCUGCAGAAGGCCGCUCGCGACUACAUCUAA